AUGUGCGGCGAAAGAAAGUCAAGUGGUCAUUACGUAAAUGACGUUAUAGAGAAAUUAAAUGGUUCAAUAAAGAUUAAUGCAUAUGAAGAUCAUAAUCUAACCCUCAGUAAUAUACAUAUUCCAGAUGAUCGAGAAUUGAGCAUAAAUAAAACAACCAAACCACUUGUCUCACUUUAUAAAAAUUCGUCAAAAAGCAAUCCGAAUCCUAUAAACUAUGACGAUGCAACUGUUAUAAUGUUGCCAGUAAGAGAUGAUACUCAAUCGAAAAUUAAUAAUUGCAGCGAAUUCAGUAACACCAAUGCACCCAUUGAUGCUACUACGGAUUCUGACACCACAUCUGAAGAGUAUGAACAUCUAGACUUUGAACUUAUUAAAAUAUCACAUCGAGAUGAAAAUAAACACGUAGAAAACAUCAAUAAAAAUUUGGGGGAUUCAGAUGAAAUACAUAUAAAAGAUACAGAAGCUGCUGAACAAAUUGAUGUUAACGAUAUGUCUUUUAAAAUCAACCAAAAUAAAGAUGACCAAAAUUCCAAAACAAUGGAGGUAGAUACUGAAAAUCAAACAAAUGAAAAGGAAAAAAAUGGCGCUGUUAAAAUUUGUACGAGUGAAAAGGAACUAAAUCAUGAUUCUCAAAAAGAUAAUGAAAUACAAAUUAAAACACCACAGGAACAAAUUGAUGUUAACGAUAUGCCUUUUAAAAUAAACCAGAAUAAAGAUGAUCAAGAUUCUAAAACAAUGGAGGUAGAUACUGAAAAUCAAACAAAUGAACAGGAAAAAAAUGGCGCUGUUAAAAUUUGUACGAGUGAAAAGGAAGUAAAUCAUGAUUUUCAAAAAGAUAAUGAAAUACAAAUUAAAACACUACAGGAACAAAUUGAUGUCAACGAUAUGCCUUUUAAAAUAAACCAAAAUAAAGAUGACCAAGAUUCUAAAACAAUGGAAAUUGAUACUGAAAAUCAAACAAAUGAAAAGGAAAAAAAUGGCGCUGUUAAAAUUUGUAUGAGUGAAAAGAAAGUAAAUCAUGAUUCUCAAAAAGGUGAUGAAAUACAAAUUAAAACCCCACAGGAACAAAUUGAUGUUAACGACAUGUCUUUUAAAAUAAACCAAAAUGAAGAUGACCAAGAUUCUAAAACAAUGGAAGUAGAUACUGAAAAUCAAACAAAUGAAAAGGAAAAAAAUGGCGUUGUUAAAAUUUGUACGAGUGAAAAUGAAGUAAAUCAUGAUUCUCAAAAAGAUGCUAACUUAGAUAAAACUCCUAUAUUGGGUAUACUAAUUAAAACCCAAGAGAAACAAAUUGAUGUAAACGAUAUACCUUUUAAAAUCAACCAAAAUCAAGAUGACCAAGAUUCUAAAACAAUGAAAGUAGAUACUGAAAAUCAAACAAAUGAAAAGAAAAAAAUGGCGCUGUUAAAAUUUGUACGAGAACAAAUUGAUGUUAGCGAAAUGCCUUUUAAAAUAAACCAAAAUAAAGAUGACCAAGAUUCUAAAACAAUGGAGGUAGAUACUGAAAAUCAAACAAAUGAACAGGAAAAAAAUGGCGCUGUUAAAAUUUGUACGAGUGAAAAGGAAGUAAAUCAUGAUUUUCAAAAAGAUAAUGAAAUACAAAUUAAAACACUACAGGAACAAAUUGAUGUCAACGAUAUGCCUUUUAAAAUAAACCAAAAUAAAGAUGACCAAGAUUCUAAAACAAUGGAAAUUGAUACUGAAAAUCAAACAAAUGAAAAGGAAAAAAAUGGCGCUGUUAAAAUUUGUAUGAGUGAAAAGAAAGUAAAUCAUGAUUCUCAAAAAGGUGAUGAAAUACAAAUUAAAACCCCACAGGAACAAAUUGAUGUUAACGACAUGUCUUUUGAAAUAAACCAAAAUGAAGAUGACCAAGAUUCUAAAACAAUGGAAGUAGAUACUGAAAAUCAAACAAAUGAAAAGGAAAAAAAUGGCGUUGUUAAAAUUUGUACGAGUGAAAAUGAAGUAAAGCAGAUGCUAGAUAAAACUCCUAUAUUGGGUAUACUAAUUAAAACCCAACAGAAACAAAUUGAUGUAAACGAUAUACCUUUUAAAAUCAACCAAAAUCAAGAUGACCAAGAUUCUAAAACAAUGGAAAAUAAUGAAAUACAAAUUAAAACACCACAGGAACAAAUUGAUGUUAACGAUAUGCCUUUUAAAAUAAACCAAAAUAAAGAUGACCAAGAUUCUAAAACAAUGGAAGCAGAUACUGAAAAUCAAACAAAUGAACAGGAAAAAAAUGGCGCUGUUAAAAUUUGUACGAGUGAAAAUGAAGUAAAUCAUGAUUCUCGAAAAGAUGCUAACUUAGAUAAAACUCCUAUAAUGGGUAUACUAAUUAAAACCCAACAGAAACAAAUUGAUGUAAACGAUAUACCUAUUAAAAUCAAUCAAAAUCAGGAUGACCAGGAUUCUAAAACAAUGGAAGUAGAUACUGAAAAUCAAACAAAUGAAAAGGAAAAAAAUAGCGCUGUUAAAAUUUGUACGAGUGAAAAGGAAAUAAAUCAUGAUUUUCAAAAAGAUAAUGAAAUACAAAUUAAAACACCACAGGAACAAAUUGAUGUAAGCGAUAUACCUUUUAAAAUAAACCAAAAUAAAGAUGACCAAGAUUCUAAAACAAUGGAAAUAGAUACUGAAAAUCAAACAAAUGAAAAGGAAAAAAAUGGCGCUGUUAAAAUUUGUACGAGUGAAAAGGAAGAACAAAUUGAUGUCAACAACAAUGAAAAUGAAGUAAAUCAUGAUUCUCGAAAAGAUGCUAACUUAGAUAAAACUCCUAUAAUGGGUAUACUAAUUAAAACCCAUCAGAAACAAAUUCAUGUAAAUGAUAUACCUUUUAAAAUCAACCAGAAUAAGGAUGACCAAGAUUCUAAAACAAUCGAAACAGAUACUGAAAAUCAAACAAAUGAAAAGGAAAAAAAUAGCGCUGUUAAAAUUUGUACGAGUAAAAAUGAAGUAAAUCAUGAUUCUCGAAAUGAUGCUAACUUAGAUAAAGGUCCGAUAAUGGGUAUACUAAUUAAAACCCAACAGAAACAAAUUGAUGUAAACGAUAUACCUUUUAAAAUCAACCAAAAUCAGGAUGACCAAGAUUCUAAAUCAAUGGAAGCAGAUACUGAAAAUCAAACAAAUGAACAGGAAAAAAAUGGCGCUGUUAAAAUUUGUACGAGUGAGAAGGAAGUCAAUCAUGAUUCUCAAAAAGAUAAUGAAAUACAAAUUAAAACACCACAGGAACAAAUUGAUGUUAAACGAUAUGCCUUUUAA